AUGGAUGAUACUGUCUCGGGCCUGGCAGCCCAGAAGAUUAGGGAGUUGUUCGCCAUUUGUGGAGUUGAAAAUAGCGAGGAGCUUCUUAGGUCACUUACUGCGCAUGCUGUGAACCAUCUUCGCGAAGCCCAACUCAGGACUGGAAGAUGCAGCGGGACUGAAUCUGUCUCUCAGCUGAAGGGAAUGACAAUCGAGACACCUUUCACUCCGCCACAUGGCAAGCGUGGGUCUGAGCGCCUUAUGAAACAGGCUGCAACGGAGGGCAGAACGAUUUACAAUGAUACGGCUGGCACAGGAGAGCGGAAAAGGAAGAAGCGAAAAAGCGGCCAUGGCUUGAAGUUGAUGGAUCAGCAACCCGGAGCAUCUAGGAGUGAUGAAAUUGGGAUUUCUAGCGACAAUGCUCCCCAGAGAACUCCGUCGCCUCAAACACACCAAACGUCUCAGGCCAACGAAACCAACCCACAGCGUUUGCCGACACCCCAUGAUAGCUCCUUGCCAUCAUUUUUUGGUUCAGCCUACGAAAUGAAGGUCAUAACAACGAUAAUCAUGGAAUGCGUCAAAUCGAACUUCGCUAUAGCGAAGUAUGGGCAACACACCAGCACAGCUAUGAUAACAACUAAGCUGGCGAAGACACAGGAGUAUGUCGACGAGUUGUCCAAAUACAGUUAUGAUAAGGCAAUCAAGACAAUUCGAAGGGACACUGCUUUCAGCGCUGGCAAAGCAAUACAGACCAACUACAACGAAACCAUUUUUUGGCCAAUAAUCCUUAAAUGCGCCGCUCUGAUCGAUCCCGCAACACUUCCCCCCGCCAAAGGCCCGGUUGAUGGAUUCUCAAUGGCGGAGAAGGCUGCUACCAGGAAGUUUAUGGAGGAUAUCGGGCAAAGCUUGGGCUCCGAGAAUCAGCGACAAUAUCGUAUUUUCUGGAAGAAUAUAUACGAAAUGCGUGAGGCGGGUAUUCACAAAGUUCUUCUCUACCGUUCGAAAGAAUUCGACAGCUUUUGUAGAAGCUAUUCCAGAACAGCGGAAAUCUCACUAGUGAACAAAAUUUUCAAGUGGGAGAAGAAGUAUCUCCCUCAUAUCGAGCAAUUGGAAACGCGGAUCUUAUCACUGAGUGGAGGAGAUUUGAAACGACUGAGCUAUCUCAAUGACCCUCAAGUGCGAAGGCUCUUGAAGGUUCCAGAGACCUCGUGGAAUAAUGCAUCGGAUGAGUGGGCUUCCGUCGCUGAAGAGGAAACUUUCAAACAGUGCGCCGCAGAGUCACUUUUUGCCGACAAUCUAGGCAUGAGACAUAGCGAUGAACUGGUGUACGAAGGUGAGACCGAUAAGUCUGUAUUCAUCACUCUCUUGCCCGAGGAAGACGGCUUUUUGUUUGUAUCUUCUAUUAUACCUAUUUGCAAAGGUGACUUCUUAGGCAUAUUUGCUGGCGCACUCCGUUUCUCGGAGAAGUUUAGUGGAACCCAUGGCAUUCCUGGACCCACCGGGAGACUUUGGCUUGACUAUUCUCAAGUCACAGGGGUACUGAACCAGAUGGAGGUGUCUGAACCUGGUGGUAAAGCAAACGUGUGCCUUCACUGGGAUGUUUUCUGCGGCGACGUCGAGACACAGUCUGACAUUUCGUGGCGAGUCUCUGUUAAAGCCACCAAACAAACCAUGCCAUUUGAGCCUCUAAUUCGCAUGGCUGCUCAGCACGGGCAAUAUGAACUGCACUUGUCGUCUGAAAAUGCCGAAAAAGGCUUUCUCGAAAUUGCCAUCAGCCAAUGA